AUGACGCAGUAUGUGGAUCAGCUGGAGUUUAGCUCGUACCCGAGCGGCAAGGCGCAAGGCAAGCACCACAUAGUCAUUGUGGGCGCCGGUAUCAUUGGGGUGUGCACAGCGUACUACCUGACGCGGCACGCGGAGUUUGACAGCCGGAAGUACCACAUCACAGUGAUCGAGUCGAAACGGGUGGCGGGCGGGGCGUCGGGUAAGGCCGGCGGACUGCUGGCGAAGUGGGCUUUCCCGCAGCAGAUCGUGCCGCUGUCGUUCCAGCUGCAUCAGGAGCUGGCGGACGAGUGCGACGGGGCGACGAACUGGGACUACCGGCGGUUGACGACGGUGUCGCUGGAGGCGGACGUGCAGGAGGAGGACGGGCGGGGGGCGGACGAGGGAUCGGGGAGCACGCUGGAGGGGGAGCGGUCGCCGAGCAAGAAGCUGUCGCGCGCGACGAACGCGGCGGCUGAUCAGGAGGCGGCGACGCUGGCGGAGGACGGGCUUGCGGGCGGAGGGGCGGUGAACCUGCCGGAGGACCUGAACUGGAUCCGGAAACACCUUGUGCGCGACUGGUCGUCGCUGGGCGGGACGGGGUCUACGGCGCAGGUGCAUCCGUACAAGUUCUGUCACUACCUGCUGAACAAAGCGAUGGAGACGGGCGCGGUGGAUCUGAUUCUGGGCAAGGUGACGCAGAUCCUGUUCGACGACCGCUUCGUCGCGAGGGGCGUUAGCUACAUGCCGAAUGUGGACUCGCCCGAGGAGCAGACCGAGGUGAAGGAGGUGAGUAUCCUCGGCACGCAGCAGGUGGUGCUGUGCAUGGGCCCGUGGACAUCGCGGAUUCUGCCCGACUGCCCGAUAUCGGGGCUGCGCGCACACUCCAUUACGAUCAAGCCCUCCACCGGGACAGUGUCGCCGUAUGCGAUCUUCACCGAGCUGAAGGUGGACUCGAACAAGUACUUCUCGCCGGAGAUCUACGCCCGCAAGGACGAGGUAUAUGUGUGCGGCGAGGGCGACACGCUGGUGGAGCUUCCCGAGACGACGGACGCGGUCGAGGUGGUGCGCGAAAAGUGCGACGAGCUGUACCGAUACGUGUCGAAGCUGUCACCCAACCUCUCUGAGGGCCACAUACUGAAGAGGCAGGCCUGCUAUUUGCCUGUUCUCAACGUGCCAACUAGCUCUGGGCCCCUCAUUGGCGAAACUAAUGUGGAAGGUCUUUACCUUGCCUCUGGCCAUUCAUGUUGGGGAAUAAACAACGCUCCAGCGACGGGCAAAAUUAUGAGCGAACUGUUAUUGGAGGGAGAGGCAAAAAGUGCGGAUAUCUCGGCGCUUGAUCCAGGGCUCUACUUCGAUGCUUCUGUACUAGAAUGA